AUGCGCAACGUCAUCUAUGUCAUCGUCCCUGCUCUUUCUCUCCUCAACAUGGGCGUCGAGGCAGCUACCAUCGCAAAGACCCUCACAAGCAAUCACUCUUCCGAUGGUCUUCACGUCCGCAAAAUUGUCCAUGAUCGCCAGUUCCACAACGCCGACUUUGGCCUAGAUUCGGAACACAUCGCAAGGAACCAAAUCGAUGAUGUGGUCGAGAAAGACGGCAAGAUUUCUACAGGCGACGGUAAUGGCUCAUCUCUCGAUCUUGGCGCAAACAGAGAAUUUUUUGAAACUGUGGCUGGAGAGACAAAUACUGGCUCUACCUCGACGACACCGCCCUAUGUCAAGGUCGAUACCCCCGAACCUAGUGUCGACACCGUCACAAGCAAAGGCUCUAGUAUCACUGGCUCUAAGAUCGUUACCUCUAACAUGGCCAGUGGCAGUCCUAGUUCUACCAGUUCUGACUCUGGUGUUGUCACCAUAACCAACGAUUCCUCCAGCCCGAGUGACCCGGGCGUCGUUUCAGACUCUUCGAGCUCCAAUACUAAUGUCAAUCCAACUGGUAUCGUCAAGGACGGAUCAGCUUUGUCCAACUCUGGCACUGGUGAGGCGGGAAGCACUGUUGCCUCCCUCGUUGGGUCAGAGGACGGCGUUCUGACAGAAGUCUCGAGCCUUGUCACGUCGUUACUCACCCCCGCUGUGGGCCAAUACGUCAAUUUUCCUUCAACUGACCUACUCUAUGGGACUUCUGGCAACGAAAAUCCUAGUGGAACAUUCGCCGCGUCUGUUGCGAAUAGCAAUGUCGCAAUUUCUCAGCCUGCUAAACGGCAGGACGCCGAGUCUGAAACUGAGGAUGACAAUAGCUCUGAGGCAAUCGACACUAUGGAACUUGACCCCAUGUCUUCUUCUUUACAGAAGGCGUCUCAGUCAUUGAAGAGUGCCAUGGUCGUCCCUCAAAGUUUUGAACGUCGCAUGAUCAAAGUCAAAAUGCCCAGAGCCAGUGAUGUGAACGAUGAGACUGUUGGUGUGGACAUCGCAGAUGAACCUUUGGUAAAGGAAUCUCUUCCUAAUGUCGCGACCAAGAGAGACGACGAUUCGUCAGAUCAACAAGUUCCCUCCGACGCCUCCAUUGAAGACCUCGAUUGA